AUGGCCAACUCUCAUAAUAGUGUGGAUGAAGCACGCUUGUCAACGGCGACGACGAUCGCCAUGGAUUCUUCUUCUUCUUCUUCGCUGUAUCCUCCUCCCGAGGUCCCCAAGAAGCUUCACUUGGAAAACCGAGAGAAACUGAUAAAACAUCUCCGUGAAAGUCUAGAUUCAUCGUCUCGUCCUUUACGCGGAUUCGUACUUCUUCAGGGAGGACAGGAGCAAACUCGUUACUGCACUGAUCAUGAAGAUAUCUUCAGACAGGAAAGUUUUUUUGCAUAUUUGUUUGGAGUGCGAGAACCUGGUUUUUAUGGAGCAAUUGAUGUGGAUACUGGGAAAUCAAUACUUUUUGCUCCCAGAUUGCCGGCUGAGUAUGCUGUUUGGAUGGGAGAAAUAAAGGCACCAAAUUAUUUCAAAGAAACAUACAUGGUUAGCAUGGUCCAUUAUACUGAUGAGAUUACAGAAGUCCUUAAUAAUCAAUACCAAGGAUCUGGAAAACCCCUGUUGUUUCUUCUACAUGGGUUGAAUACUGAUAGCAAAAACUUCUCUAAACCAGCAGAAUUUGAGGGUAUUGAGAAGUUUGAGACAGAUCUCAAGACUUUGCAUCCUAUUCUGACCGAAUGCCGUGUUUUGAAGUCAAACCUGGAGCUUGCUGUGAUCCAGUAUGCGAAUGAUAUAAGCUCUGAAGCUCAUGUUGAGGUAAUGAGGAAGACCAAACCGGCUAUGAAGGAGUAUCAAAUGGAAAGCAUAUUUCUUCACCAUACAUACUUCUAUGGUAGCUGUAGGCAUUGUUCAUACACUUGUAUCUGUGCGACUGGUGACAACAGUUCUGUUCUUCAUUACGGGCAUGCUGCAGCUCCAAAUGACAGGACAUUGCGAGAUGGAGAUAUGGCAUUACUGGAUAUGGGAGCCGAAUUCAAUUUUUAUGGUUCUGACAUAACCUGCUCCUUCCCGGUGAACGGGAAAUUUACAAGUAAUCAACGUCUUAUAUACAACGCUGUCCUCGAUGCUCAUGAUGUUGUUAUAUCUACCAUGAAGCCAGGAGUAAACUGGGUGGAUAUGCACAAAUUGGCAGAGAAAACUAUUCUUCAGUCGCUGAAGAAAGGAUCCCUCCUUGUUGGUGAUGUUGAUGAAAUGAUGGUUGAACGACUGGGUUCUGUUUUCAUGCCACAUGGCCUGGGACACCUCAUGGGAAUUGAUACCCAUGAUCCUGGUGGCUAUUUAAAGGGAGCUGAAAGACCCAAAGAACCAGGAUUAAGGUCCCUACGCACAAGCAGAGAUCUCAUGGAGAAAAUGGUGAUCACGGUCGAACCUGGAUGCUAUUUCAUUGAUGCAUUGCUGGUUCCAGCCAUGGAAUCCCCAAAAACAUCAAAGUUCUUCAAUCGCGAAGCAAUCACCAAAUUUAGAGGAUUUGGGGGGGUGCGAAUUGAGAGCAAUCUGUAUGUUACCUCGGAUGGUUGCGUGAACAUGACAAAGGUUCCUAGAAAAGUCGAGGAUGUUGAAGGCGUGAUGAGCGGUGCGCCAUGGCCGAUCAAGAAGUCGAUUCAUGAAAAUGGAGGAUCUUAGCUUUACAUGUGACGAUAGUUGAUUUGGGAACUUCUUGCUCUACGGAUGUUGUUUAAAAUACGUUUGGAUGUUAUUAUAUGAAGUUAUGGUAGGGAUCAUGCGUGGUGGGGGGUAUUAAAAAAGUUUUAUCA